UAUAAAAAAGAGAUUUAUAUUUAAUGUGAUUUCCCCAUAAAGAUGUACAAUUAAAAUUAAAUAUAAUAUAUAAAAUAAAGAUAGAAUUGGAAAGUAAAAUAAAAAAAAUGCAAUCAACAUGAUUGAAACAGUUCAUACAUCAACUGUUGUUUACUUUUUGUUUUAGAGGUUAAAUAGGCAAAAUUUAGAAGUUUCUAUGGUCAAAAGGCUAAAUUAGAAGACGAUACAUCAAAUCGGUGAAAGUUUACAAGUACAGGGAUUAAACCAUGCAUUACGCUUAGGGCUGAGCAAGAAUCAAACCAGACCAAAAAAUCGAACCGAACCAAACUUUGUUGUUUGGUUCGGUAUUUCGGUGAAUAUGGUUUGGUUCGGUUUCUAUUUUAGGUAAAGUUUGGUGUUUGGUGUUCGGUUUGGUUUGGGUGUUUUGAAAAUCGAAAAAUCAGAAAAACCAAAUUAACCCAACUUUAAUAUAAAAUCUAUAUAUAUUUUAAAACUAAUAUACAUUUAUACUUAUAUUUAUAUGUCUUUUUAUCUUUAUAGCUUAAUUAUUAUUGAUAUAUGAGUUAAUAAUCGUUAUUUAGACAUGUAUGAAAAUCUAAUAGACUCUAAUUAUUUAAUAUUGAAUUAACUUUAAUAUAAAAAAUAAAAAAAUAAAACAUUAAUCAAAUUUGAUUUUGACCGAACAAACCGUACCGAAAUUUUAAGUUCGGUACGAUUCGGUUUUUUUGCCUCCAAAUUAAAAGUUCAAUUCGGUUUGAAAAUUUCCAAAUAAAAACCGAAAAAAUCAAAAAAAUUCCAACCAAACCGAACUGAGCGAGACUCACUCUCUAAUUACGACUAUUUAUAUCAUGCAACCGUUGCGCCACGUCAUUUUUAUAUCAAGCCAAUGAGCAUUUAAGAUAGGGAAUUUUUUAAUUAUUAUUUAUUUUUUUAUAAUUUAAUUUUCUGCAUGGCUAACGCACAAUUAAUUUAUUGUACGAAUGACGUGGCACAACGGUUGUGUACAAUAAUUUCUCCCUAAUUACGCUAAAAACAAGUUGGAAAUAAAAUGAGUGCAAAUUGGACCCCUGAAUUAAAUUUUUUAUCUGACAAAAUUGGAAAAUGGAAUUUAAUGGUUUGAAGAAUCAUGGAACUAGUCACACAUCACCUGGUAAAGUAAGGUCCUGGUGCAGACUUUUUCUGCUAAUUAAGUACACAUUAUAAUACUUAACCAAGAAUUUAACAUCAACAUGCUUAACACUAAUGGCAUUCGGCUCAAACUCCUCUAAUUCUCCAGGUUUUAAUGAUGAAACCAGAGAGAAUUUAUUGGCUGUAGAAGAUGUAGAAUCAUGUAUUGGUGGUGAUAAUGGUGAUCUGAUUAAGUUUAAGAUUAGCAAUUUGACGAAACAAACUGAUACUGGAUCCGCUAUACUGAACGGAGUUGAUUUGGAAAUACCUAGAGGUGUUAUUGUUGGAAUUAUUGGACCUAGCGGUAGCGGUAAAUCCACGCUUUUACAGUCGUUGAAUCGGCUUUGGGAACCGCCGUCCGGUACGGUGUUUCUUGAUGGCUGUGAUAUUAGGGAGCUUGAUGUUCUUUGUCUUCGCCGGAAAGUUGGCAUGCUUUUUCAGCUUCCUGCUCUCUUUGAAGGCACUGUUGCCGAUAAUGUACGAUAUGGCCCGCAAUUGAAGGGGAAGAAGCUUUCCGAUAAUGAGGUUCACAAGUUGCUUACACUUGCUGAUCUUGAUUCUUCGUUUUACAAGAAGAAUGGCAGCGAACUAUCUGUAGGUCAAGCUCAAAGGGUUGCUCUUGCUAGGACUCUAGCUAACGAACCAGAGGUUUUGCUGCUAGAUGAGCCAACGAGUGCUUUGGAUCCCAUAUCGACACAAAACAUUGAAGAUGUUAUUGUGAAACUCAAGAAGACUCGGGGAAUGACAGUCGUGAUGGUCUCUCACAGCAUCAAACAGAUUCAGAGAAUUGCUGAUGUUGUAUGCCUCCUCGUAGAUGGAGAAGUUGUUGAAGUUUUGAAACCCGAUGAGCUCUCACAAGCCAAGCAUCCUAUGGCGCAAAGGUUUCUCCAACUCAGCUCUUGAGACCCCUUUGUUAUUUUAUCGCUCUUUAUGUUUGAUUCAGAUCACCAUACUCUUAAGUUAUUUCUAGCAUUGCAGCAAAUGGAUACAAUUUUGUUUCUGGAUAAUCAGACGGGUCCCUAGUAACUCCAAAACGAUGUUGCCAUUGUUGCUUUUUUAAUUCAAGUUAGAAAUGAUAUGAAAAAGUUCCACUUGAACUAGAACUUAA